ACUCUCUCUCUCUCUCUCCCAGCCGCCCCCGCUCUCGUCUCACAGAACAGAAGCAACUUGCCACCGCCGCUUCAAAUCUCACAAUUUCUACUCUCUGUUGGUCAUCAGUUAGAGUCCAAAAGAAUGGAAGAGAAGGAUACAACAAGCCCUAAGACAACGCAAGAGCUAGCAAUGGAAGGCCAGAAGCAUCUAGAAGAAACCAUAGAGGCAGCUUUCCAGAUCCUCUCCUCCAUGAACGACGAGCUAUGCAACCCCACAUUGUGGUCCACCACUUCCUCUUUUUCAGCUGCUACGAACAUUGCAAAUGGUCCUGCUCCCCACGCAAAUGGUGUCAAUAAUGGCGAUUCAUCUUCUUCUGAAAACACUUCUACCCAUCACGGAGACUUAAUUGGUGCUGGUGGUUCUGGCACCGGAGGAGCUCUUGAAGAGGCUCGGCUUCGGUAUACGAACUCUGUGCGCUUACUCCGUGCUGUUCUCACUGCGAUUCCCAACUCUCAGAAGGCACCAUCUGAAACUAGUUCAACUGUAGUCAGUUCAGAAUCACCAGCAGGUGAAGCUGAAAUUGAGAAGUUAGAUGAGCGAGCCUCCAAUUUGAGAAAGGAGCUUGCAAACAAGAAUGUGUAUGUCAAGUUUCUUAUAGAUCAACUACGAGAUCUUAUUACUGACAUAUCAACAUGGCAAAGUCCAUGUUCCAUCUGAUUUCGGAAUGGAUCUAAAAAAUAUAGUGUCCUUGCACACUGAAGAACUCUGAAGGUGAUUUUGCUUUAGUAUUAAGUUUGCACAAUCUGUGAUAUUUAUAAUUGUUUACCUUUUCCAAUCAGUUUGGCGAGGGUUUGGUUAUGAUUUUCACAGGGGUAAAUUUAACGAGGAGAAUAUUAGAUUAGAGAUACAGUGGCGAAAGUUUGUAAAUCUUGAGACAUCUGAGGUUAAAGAUCAAGUUGUGGAAUCAAAUUUCCGA